AUGGGUUUCAUGGGCCUCUCCAAGUUCGGCCACAAGGACUCCGUCAACGAUUUCACGGAUGUGCUUGUCCCAAUGGCCGAUGCCAAGCGCCACCCUGAUGUUGUUGCAGAAUAUCAACGCCGUAUCUCAAAAGAAGGUGCUCGCCCCGAUGCUGCUGACGUGACAGGUGCAAAUGACGAAAAGAAAGACGGCCCGCUCAGUGAUACCGAGGGCGGCUUUCCCAGAACUAGCAGUGGAACAUAUAGCCCCUAUACCGUCGAAGGCCUGAAAGCUGAGAUUCAUGAAGAUGUCUCGACCAGUGAACACAAUACCGCCUAUGAUUUGAAAAGUAAGGUCAUCAAUAAAGCUAUCCAAGAUAUUGGCAUGGGGCGGUACAACUGGCAAUUAUUCAUUCUUUGCGGAUUCGGCUGGUUCGCCGACAACCUCUGGCUUCAAGGUGUUGCUCUGACAUUGCCUUCCUUAUCAGCAGAAUUCGAUGUGUCUGAUACCCAGAUACGCUAUACUACGUGCGCACUUUUCAUAGGUCUGUGUCUUGGCGCGAGCUUCUGGGGUAUUGGCUCUGAUAUCAUGGGCCGCCGUUUGGCUUUCAAUUGUACACUUUUCAUUGCUGGUGUAUUCGGUAUUGCCGCUGGUGCUGCACCCAGCUGGGUGGGUGUAUGUGGUCUCUUCGCAGCGCUCGGCUUUGGUGUAGGGGGUAACCUUCCCGUCGACGGUGCUCUCUUCCUGGAAUUCUUGCCCAACGCCUCGGGCGGUCUUCUCACGCUGUUGUCGGUCUGGUGGCCUGUUGGUCAACUAGUUGCUUCCUUGAUUGCUUGGGGCUUUCUAGGGACCAGUUAUCCCAUCGAUGAGGGCUGGAGGUAUUUCGUAUACACCAUGGGCGCAAUGACCUUUGUCAUGUUCCUCUCCCGAUUCUUGUUGUUCCAUCUCUACGAGUCACCUAAGUUCCUGCUUUCUCGGGGACGUCAAGCCGAAGCUGUUGCUGUCGUUCACGGCAUGGCGUACAAAAACAAAACCACUACGUGGCUCACAGAAGAUAUUCUGAAUGAGAUCGGCGGUCAUCCAGAGAAGACUGAAGGCUCAACUCUUACAACCGCGGAAAUCAUCAAGCGAAAACUUGGUGCAUUCUCCGGGGAUCGAAUUGGCCCUCUCUUCCACGACCGAAAACUUGGAAUGACGACUGGUCUGCUUUGGUUCUGCUGGGCCACAAUCGGAAUGGGCUAUCCACUUUUCAACGCCUUCCUUCCUCAGUAUCUUGCUCGUGGAACGACUGCGGGUGGCGAGACUGUCAGUGCAUCCAUCACUUACCGUAACUAUGCGAUUACCUCAGUCGUGGGCGUUCCCGGUUCGAUCCUGGCCUGUUACACAGUGGAUGUGAAAUACAUUGGUCGUAAGGGUACCAUGGCUAUUUCCACGAUGCUCGCUGGUGUCUUCCUCUUCCUCUUCACUCUCUCCGCAGAUUCUGACUACCAACUCGCCUUCUCUUCGGUUGAGGCUUUCUUCCAGAACAUCAUGUAUGGUGUCUUGUACGCUUACACGCCCGAGGUAUUCCCUGCUCCAGUAAGAGGUACCGGUACGGGAAUAUGCAGUUUCCUUAACAGAAUUGCUGGGCUAUGUGCUCCUAUCAUUGCCGCCAAUAUUCCAGGUGCAAAUCCAAACGCACCGGUUUUUGUGUCGGGCGGAUUGAUCCUGGCUGCGUUUGUUGCAAUGGUCUUAUUGCCGAUUGAGACAAUGGGCAAGCAGCGAUUGUAG